GACCGGUGAAGGAGUUCUGGUGAUCGGUAGAAGGGUUGUGGUUAUCGCUGGUGGAGGGCAGAGAAAUGCGCCGAAAUUGAGUGUGAUGCUGCAUUGUUCGAAUCUGACAGGGUGUUACUCAGUUUCUGGAAACAAACAUUGAGAGGAAGAGAAUCGACAACAAUUAUGUUGAAUACCUUAAGUAGAGGAAGGGAAUCUGAAUUAACAUUCUUCCCCAGACCCGAACCAUGGACUGGGAUAGUAAGCUUCUGAUUUGUGAGGUCUUGACCUUGUUUCCCAUUGCUGCAAUGCAGAGGAUGACCUUUACAUCAGGUUGUACUAACGGGUAGAAUUGGAAACCAUGCCCUACUUGCACGGAUUUCGACGAAUUAUCUUCGAAUAUCAGCCUCUGGUCGAUCAAAUUCUCAGGGCUGCAGGGUUGCAGGAACCAACUGGAGAGGCUGGUGAGGAAAAUUCAACCAGCGAGGUUCCUGUGACUGCAGCGGACACGGUGGCACUGCAGGGACUGCUGGAGAGAGAGUCACAAUCGCCCUUCUACGUGGAAGCUGUCAGCUAUGCGUUGUUUAAAGUGGCUGAGGCGGGUUUGAUCACUGCAGCUGAGAAACUGCUGACACACGGAGCUGACCUCAACUUUGAAGAUCCCGUUACAUAUUACUCAGCGUUGCACAUAGCAGUCCUGCGCAACCAGCCCGACAUGGUAGAACUGUUGGUCCGACACGGAGCAGACAUCAACAAGAGAGACCGGGUUCACUGCAGCAGCCCACUAGACCUGGCCAGUGAGGAAGCAGAACGUCUGCCAUGCCUCCAGCGGCUUCUUGAUCUUGGUGCCAAUAUAAAUGGAGUUGACAGGACUGGAAAAUCUGCCUUGCUGCAUGCUCUGGCCAGCAGCGAUGGAGUACAGGUACACAACAUCGACAACAUCAAGCUGCUCCUUGAGAGGGGUGCAGAUGUGAAAGCAAACAUGAUAGACGGUGACAACGUCUUCACAUUCAUUGUAUUUCUUCUGGGUGAGACAGAAGGUAGAGACCAGACCGAGACUGAAACCCUCAGGCAUUUCUGCUUGCAUGCCACCCAGCUGCUGCUUGCUCAUUCUGCUCAACCCAAUGCAUGUCAACCUGAAGAUUCCCUCAUCUACACCUGCAUUAAUCAGUUUGAAGUUCACCUCCCAAUCAUACAAGUUCUCCUGGACUCAGGGGCUUCCAGCCAUUGCCCUGACCAUGGCCCGUCCUGCUGGUCCGGAUUCACACUUCUCUUUGAGAGACUGCGUACACUGCUAAACGGACCUGAGACGGGAAUCACACACCAAGAAGCCUUGCGCCGAGCGGGAGUGGCCUUGGACCUAAUGUUGGGCAAUGCAACGCGUCCCUGGCUGCCUUUAGGCUGGGAAAUCAAACCCACAGCUUACUCCGUCUACACAGACCAAGUACUGGCAUUGUCCAGGCCCCUGAAGCUACUGGAGUUUUCUCCAGCCUCACUGAAGCAUCUGUGUAGAGUGGACAUCCGACGACUUCUGAGGCCCGUGCCUUUGGAUCCUAAGGUAAAAGCCUUGCCACUGCCAGACCGGUUGAAGUGGUUUUUGUUGAUGGAAAAUAAUAAGAAUGAGGAUGAAAUCAUGCAACAGUAAAGGCAGAGGGCAACUUGGCAGCGAUUUAAGACUAGUCAUUAUCUGGGGCAGAGCUCUGGAUUUCUGCUGUUGGUCUGAGGUCGACUUUCCGAACCCAACACAAUUUGACUUCUUGAACAGUAUUGAGGUAUGAGACCACAAACAGCCUCAUGGAGAAAGAGAUUCUGCUGACAUUGGUACACAAUCGAUGUACAAAUAGACUAGUGAAGUCCAGACAUGAAUGAUAAUUUCUGUACCAUAGCUUACAUCAACUAGUUUGAAGACUUUAAUAUUUCUGCAGCAAUUAAUUCAACUCUCAACUGGUAAUUGUAAGAUUUCUACGCUUGAUCUAAGAUAGAGAUUAGAUGCUACAUGUGAAAUUCUAUACUUAACAAAAAAAAACUACAUUGAAUUAUUCCCAGGAGUAUGCAUUCCAUUGUCGUCCAAUUGAAAUAGGGAAUGUGAGGGCAGGUGAAAUAUCUGGUACCAAAAAGGUUGAACUGUUAUCUGCAUGGUUGGACUAAGCUGGUGCUCAGUGUCAGAACGGAGGGGCCAACAAAAAUAGUUGGAGGUGUGUUAAGAUGUUAAACUGAGAAUAACAUUUGCUCUUUCACUGCUCCUUCACCCAUUCCAAGCAUUGUGCGUCUUUGUGUCUGUCCUGAGUAAUAUUCAACCCAUCACAAAAAUAAAUCAACAUCUUUGCUGUAUACAAAAUGCCUGUGUUUUCCAACAUGAUUACAGGUUUCUGAACUGCAAAACCCAUGUUAGUGUACAUGGCAUUUUGCUUUUGUACAGCAUUCACCCACCUGUCAGGCAGUCUGGUGUUUGAAAGGUCUGUUGCGUAACAGGCCAAAGAUGGAAAUAUCCAGCAAAUUGAGUAGGAAUGGGACUACAGCAGGAGAGAACUUCUGCAUUACAACUUAAUUAAGUUGCUGGCAAUUCUUAAGGCGUUAAAUCACCAGCACUGUAGCUGGUUUAGUUCUGCCACCCUGCAGGUGGUGUUGAGAUUAGACAGGCAAGGGGUAGUGCCUGCCCCUUUCACCCUAUAUUCUGAAAUCAGAUUGUUCUAUGUUGUUAAGUCUAUAGGGUGAUCAGGUUUCGAUAAGUACAAAGAAUCAAAACAACCUUGCUUGUGGAGGACAGGGAACAUAAUUACACAUUUCCCAUAUAAAAACAGCAAUUUGUUUAAAUUCAUACGUUGUGUGUUGUUUUGACUUGAGAUUUACAGUGUUUUUUAUGCACGUUGAGUAAUGGAAGGGAGCAAAUUGCUUAAAUGUUGAGGCUGUCAAACCUGUGGUGAGGGAGCAGUUAGCUUCAAGGCAUAGGGUAAUAAGUUAUCCUUUGCUAUGAACCUUGGCUGUGGAGGGGAUUGCAGGGGUGGAAUGGGAGACUAUAAGCAUUGGAGGGGCUGUUUGCUCAGAUCAGCCAAGUCCUGUUCUCCAUCUCCCUCUGGUGCUCCCACCCACCUUUCUUUCUCCCUAGGCCUUCCGUCCCAUUCUCCCCCUUCUCCAGCUCUGUAUCCCUUUUGCCAAUCACCUUUCCAGCUCUCAGCUUCACCCCACCCCCUCCGGUCUUCUCCUAUCAUUUUGCAUUUCCCCCUCCCCCCCAAUAC